AACCGCAAUUGCAGCUGCCACCAACGAAAAAUUCAAUUAAAAAAUUUCAAGCAAAUGCGAUCAAGCAACAAAUCAGUAUUACUAGUUAAAAGCAGAAAAUUAUAUUUAAUACCCCGACAAAAUCGUAGCGUUAAAUCAGUGGCACAAUUUCAAUAUUAAAAAAAAUAAGAGGAAGAAGUGUUAAAACGCAGUAAGCCACCGUAAGACUAUUCCAUUCUUAGGCUAGUAACUUCCAACGGCAGCUUCUUCCAAGUGCAGACGCAACUGUGUUCUUGUUAUGCUAAUUACAACAUCAAAUAAACUUGUAAGACAGCAAGAGGCUAAAGCAGUUAAUCGAAAAGAACCGAUCCAGUAAACGAACCAAACACAACAGCAAAGUAAAAGAAGCCAACUGGUAUCCGGUGGAGAGGAAUACCUGCACAAAGCUGAAUCAUGUUAUUAAUGCGGCAAUUGCUUAUCUUGCUUGUUCAUCAGCAAAUUUUAUGUCAUGGUAGCUGGGCAAUAAGAACAUCGGCUACACCUGAUAUACAAACGCCGACACCUUUGCCAUUGGCAACAAUACCGUUAGUCACCGCGUCAGAAGCGACUCUGUUGACAAAACAACUAUUUACUGCUUCAUCAGCAUACGGCGCAGUAGCAGGCAAGGUAUCAGAAGCGGAAAAUGAGAUCCCCACAGAUAGAACGGAAACAGCGAAUACGUCAACGGAAGUUAAAAAUAAUACGAAAAAGCAUCGUUAUAAAAUUGUUUCCGUACAAACAAAUUGCACACGUGAUUUAUUUGAAAUGAACAUUGAAAUGAAUCGCGAUUUCCGUGGUUUGCUGUAUGCCAAGGACUUUCCAUUUGAGUGCCGUGCGCGAGGUACGUCGGAUCGUAAUGUAACAUUACGUGUACCCACAUCAGGUUGUGGCGUACGCCAGGAACCACGUACCGAUGGAAACAUGGAAUUGUCCGUGCGAGUUAUGCUUCAAAUGGAGCAAAAGCUAAGGCAAAGCUCUGAUAUACUACGUACGAUGCGGUGUAAACUGCCGUUCAAUGAAAUGGGAAUGAAUGUUAUGUCGCCAGCAAAGUAUCGAGAGAUCACCAAUAAAAAGAAAACUUAUAGAAAUGGACGAAUGCGAAACUUUAACCAAAAUAAAAAUAACAUCGAAACUACUCAAAACUCGAUGCAAGAUGAUGAAGUGGUUGAGCAAAUGCAGGAAACAACACAAACCUCACAACAAACCGUAACAGCAACACCAAUAACAUCAACUACAUCGACACCGCGUGUUCGUAUCUGGUUGGAAUUGGGCGGGCCCGAUGGUUCCGGUGCUGUUGAAGUAGGUCAAGCUACAAUAUUAACGGUGCGCGCAAUUGUUCCUGGCACAAUGGGUGUGCGUGUAGUUGAUUGUGCUGCAUUAGAUGGCCUUGAAACAACACAACAAUUAUUGGACGAACGAGGCUGCCCAAUUGACGAGCAGGUAAUGCCUCCCUUACAAACCCGUAUUAAAUCAGUUGAAGAAACUUGGUCAAGACAACUCGAAGAUGAUUUAGUGGAGAAAUCAUUUUAUGCAACGUUUCCAGCUUUCAAGUUUCCAGAUCGUGAACGGUUGCACGUUAGUUGUGGUGUGCAAUUAUGCAAGGGACAAUGUCCAAAUGUGAAUUGUCACACGGCUGAGAAAUUAAUUUUGUCUGCAGACGCGCAUUUGGCGCGUAUUGAGGUGUUCAACUCGUUAGCGGUGACAGCACCGCAAAUUGAGGUGGAUCGAUUGCGGUAUGAUCGACGUUUUAACACAAGUGAUGACUAUACGCAUAAUUUACGACAACAUAUAGCAGAUGGUACGUUGUGCCUUUCCGUCUCCAAAUUGGCAAUAUCAUUUUGUGUGUUAGGUUUUAUAUUUUUGAUUGCUGUAAUUGUUGCAUUAUGCUCACUUAUUAAAUCACGAAGGAGAACCAACCGGGAAUGUACUCUUCGAACACAUAAUGGAAAUCGCUUGCAACGUGCUGAAAUGUGCACUUCUAUGUUUUCAUCAAGUAGUGAAUCAGCGCAUUCAGCACGUUUCGGGAGCAAAAUCCUUAUACCAUACUAUCCCAACACAUUACCAUAUGGAAGGGUUUAUUAGACAUUUAAUUUAAAAAUAUUAAUAUAAGUUUUAAUUAAAAUAAUUGUUAUUUGAAUAGUUAUUUAGAAAUACUCAAUAUUACCCAAGUGGACAAGUGCUAUUUGUUAAAAUAUCCAACAGUCAAAGUUCAAAAACAAAAUUAAAAAAAUCUGUUGGACUUUUGUUUUACCUCCUAACUUAUUAAUCCCGCUUCAAGAGACUGAUUUUGUAAAAAAUUAAAAUUAUUAAG